AUGUCGGCCAACACAAAAACCGUCGAUUCAUGGCGCGUUCAUGACGAGACAUUUCACGAAAUCAUUGGUCCGAGCCCAUCGCUGGACCUAAUACUGCAAAUCGACUCGUAUCCCUUCGCUCACGAAGCCGGCGUAUCCAUCCCAUCAGCUGGUAAACUAUUCAUCACCAGCAAUCAGUUCGCGGACAAAGAUGGCUCUAAGAAGGUCCAGACUUCCAAAGUAACAUUGUCCGUCGGUGGAAAGCCUAUAAAGCAUGAAGAGAUCUCAUGUCCGGAAAUUGAGAUGGGCAACGGCGGCGUCAACUACGGCGAUGACAUUCUCUUCUGUGCUCAAGGCUCGGUGACGCAGCCUAGCGGUCUGUUCAAGAUGUCAAGAACGCCUCCGUAUACGACUGAGUCAGUCGUAACUACCUUCCAUUCUCGGCCCUUCAACUCCGUGAACGAUGUUGUCAUCAGCAAAGAUGGAAGCAUAUGGUUCACUGAUCCACCUUACGGUCAUGAGCAGGGUUACCGCCCUCCCGCGACCCUACCUAGCCAGGUAUAUCGCUUUGAUCCGGCGACAUCCUCGAUCCGGGCCAUGGCGGACGGGCUUGGCAGACCAAACGGGAUUUGCUUCUCGCCUGACGAAACCACUGUCUAUGUAACAGACACCGAAAUUGUGCACGGCGAUGGCUCAAUAGACGGCAAUCGCGCUUCCACUAUAUAUGCCUUUGACGUUGAACAACGCCACAGACAGCCCGUGUUGCUGAAUCGAAGAUUAUUUGCAUUCGCCGAUGUCGGUAUACCAGACGGAAUCAAGUGCGAUAUGAACGGCAACGUCUACAGCGGAUGCGGGGAUGGCAUCAACGUCUGGUCUCCAGGCGGUGUCCUACUCGGUCGUAUCCUCGUCGACGGGGGUGCCGCCAACUUUUGCUUCGGACGCGAGGGCGAGCUCUUCAUACUCAACGAGCAUCGUCUUUGGAGAGCACAGUUGAGCAAGUCGGUCAAGGGUGCGCUUCUGGGGGUCUAG